AUGGGUAAUACGGAAAGUAACGUGACUAGUGGUGUAAAGAAACAAACGGAUGCAUCGUCUAUUUUACUGUACAAACUCGUCGAUUUAAAGGGCGGCGGCCUUUUAGUAGAUAUGAUGAAGCGAGCAUCUCAAACAAAGCAAUAUGCUGAAAUUGACCAUGCAAUUAGGACAAAAGUCGAGCCUUUUCUUUACAACAGAGGCAAAGGAAAAUGGAUACCAAUAUCAAAAUUAGUACUUUUGAGAAAUAAAGAGAGGCCGAGGCAUAAAAUGCUCCCGGUAUUGAAGGCAAUGGAGAAACCCGAGGACUAUGAUAUCGACAAAGACAUGCAAAGCGACGAAGAAGUUGAUGAACAUAAAAUCGAUAAAAGUAAAUACAGAUUGGUGUGCUGGACUCUUGGGGAACGAGGCGCAGUUGGCGAAACUAUCCUACACCUGUGCAUGCUUAAUGCCACGGCCAUUCACGCGGAUUUGGCAAAAAGGUUGCUUCGAUUUUAUCCGAAUCUUAUCAACGACAUUUACAUCGACGAUGAAUAUUACGGCGAAAACGUAUUGCACAUAGCAAUAGUGAAUGAGGAUCCGUCGAUGGUGAAAUUCCUGCUCGACAGCGGUGCGAACGUGAACGAGCGCUGUUUCGGUAACUUUAUGUGCCCGGAGGAUCAAAAGGCGUCACGCAAUGACAGCCUCGAUCACGAAUGGGUAGGCGUGUGUCCAGAAACUAAUUAUGACGGUUACGUUUACUGGGGUGAAUAUCCUUUGAGCUUCGCUGCUUGUUUGGGCCAGGAAGAAUGCUACCGGCUGAUACUGGCCAGAGGCGCAGAUCCUGAUAAGCAAGACACAAACGGCAACACGGUGCUACACAUGCUCGUCAUUUAUCAAAAGCUCAUAACUUUUGACAUGGCAUAUGAAGUAGGAUCAUCACUAUCAGUGAGAAAUAUUCAACAUUUAACACCGUUGACGUUGGCUGCCAAACUCGCACGCAUCGACAUGUUCUUUCACAUUCUAAACAUCGAAAGAGAAAUUUAUUGGCAAAUCGGUUGUAUAACUUGCGCCGCUUACCCACUUUCUCAAAUAGAUACGAUUGACGUUAAUACGGGACAAAUAAGCAACAAUUCCGCCCUAAACUUGGUAGUCUUUGGAGACAAGGACGAGCAUUUGGAACUAAUGGAUGGAGUACUGAUAGAUCUUUUGAAUGCUAAAUGGAAUACUUUUGUCAAAUCUAGAUUUUACAGGCAAUUUUAUCUAUUCUGCUCGUAUUUCGUUCUUUCGGUGAUAAGUUUCACGCUUCGACCGGGUCCGAUACCGUGGCCAAAUAAACCUUCGAUUCAGCAAUCCAUAAACAAUAAUACAUCGUCCGAAUCAAUUGUAGCUUCUGCAGUUAAACCUCUGGAACUCACGCUUACAUCAUUGCUGACGAAAAAUCUAGUGGAGCAUCUUGCGGCAAAUCUGGAGCUUCCGGAAAAAUCGAUAACAAAUUCCAUGAAGAAAAUUACUUUAGAAAUUGUAUCGAACAUAAGCUCGACGAUAAAGGAUAUUUGGAAUUUGACUGAGAAGCAAAAUACAACAUUGACGCUGGAAAGCAAUGACGAUUUCAACGAUAUCGUCAGCGAUUUAUUCAAUUCAAGCGCGAACAAUUAUACAGACGAUCGUUUGAAUAAUUUCGAUUUCAAUCAAACGAACUUACCGAUUCGACAUAAAGAGAGGGAAGAGACUGUCGAUUGGUGGCACGAUCUGACUGGCGAAUGCCGACUGCUGUCAUUAAACGAUUCCGUAUCGAAAAUCAGACUGACAGCGGAGAUUUUCAUGGAACUUGGGGCGAUACUUUACAUAUGCGCAGCCUUACGAGAAGCGAGAUUCCUGGGCCUCAACAUGUUUGUAGAGAAUCUCAUGACAGCUCCCUCGCGUGUCAUGUUUCUCUUUUCUUGCUGCAUCUUAUUGUCUUUUCCAUUUUUACGGAUAAUCUGUGCGGACGAGGUCGAGGACAAACUCGCGGUCGUCGUCAUGUUGACAACCGCGCCGUAUUUCCUCUUCUUCUGCCGUGGAUUUAAAACCGUCGGACCUUUCGUCGUCAUGAUUUAUCGAAUGAUAAUGGGAGAUCUACUGCGCUUCGUUUCGAUCUACCUUGUCUUCGUCAUGGGAUUCUCUCAAGCCUACUACAUAAUAUUCUUGUCAUUUGACAAUCCAAUCACGCCCGAGGGAGUUGACGAUUCAAAGGCUAAUCCCAUGCCAUCGCCAAUGGAGAGUAUCAUGGCGAUGUUCCUUAUGAGCAUGACGAAUUUUGGCGAUUAUUAUGACGCGUUCGAGAACACAGAGCACGAGAUGGAGGCCAAGUCGCUAUUUGUGGUUUAUAUGGCUAUCGUUGCCAUUCUACUGGUAAACAUGCUAAUCGCUAUGAUGGGCAACACUUAUCAAAAAAUAGCGGAAACGCGAAACGAAUGGCAAAGACAGUGGGCAAGAAUUGUUCUUGUGGUUGAGAGAGGCGUGAGUCCUGCGGAAAGAUUGAAAAAAUUAAACGAUUAUUCGCAGCCAAUGUCUGAUGGGCGAAAAGCACUGGUGUUACGAUUAAAUCAAUCCGAAGAAGAUAAGGAAGAAAUGAAAGAAAUUCUUGAAAUGAAAAGAAUUCACGAAAAGUUGGUGAAGAAACGAAAAGAUAAGCUUCUGAAAGAAAAGGAAAUCACUGAUGACACGCAUGUUCAGUAA